UUGUUUGAAAAGAUUCGGUGUCAAGCUGUUUUAUUCUUCAUAUGGUUCAGGGCUUUGCUCUAAUAGCAGGGAGUCAUGUUACAUGAAAGAGUAGAACCUAUUAUCUUAGCAAAAUAAUCUUGUACUUUAGUGCCACAAUAGCCAUACACAUCACAAAGGAUCAUGGCAGGAUAAGGUAAAGAUAAGAUGUAUCUAUCUAGACGCUGAUGUGUCAAGAAGCACAUAAAGGGAGGAAAAAGUUUGAAAUCGCACUUUGAUUUGUGGAGGAGAUUCCUAAUGAAGAUCUGUACAAACUGAUGCCAUAGGCUUAAAUAUCUUUUUGAGCAUUGGUCCACGACCAAUGCUUAGAACAUUUCUGCUUGUUCUGCCAAAGUGUUCCUUGACCUUAAAGUAACAUAAUUCAUUAUAGUUAUGGCAUUAACUUGUUUUAACUGUUAACUGUUAAAAUGUCUUAAAGAAAGGUAAUCCCACUGCUGCUGUUCCCUCUUCCAAUAAAAUGCGAGAAGUCAUUUGAGGCCUAGUCAUAAACAGCAGCUCAAGUUGAACCCAGAGAAAGGAACUAAAUCCCAAUGUGAAAUAAAUUGAAGAAAAAUAUCAAUACUUCGUUAUUCAGACAUUUCUCCUCUUAAUUUUGUUGAGCCAUGGUAAAUGCUUUGGAUUGAAACUUUUUUUGAACUAUUGAGAGGCUUAAAGUUAUUGGAAAAAUUAUUGUAGCUGAUUCCCGUGCUUUAAUAUGUUGCUUCCUCACUCCCAAAAUUCUGAUGUGAUUUUUAGCAAUCAGUAUCUCAAACAACAACAGCUAGUUUAAUGCCAUUUGAAAGCUGGAAUCCGAGUUUUUUUUAGAUGGUAAAGCCUUGGAUUCCAGUUGCACUAUUUGUGAUAAUAGCUACUAUGGUAUGUCUGAAUUAGAACAGGGGAGCAAUAUAAUAAUUGGAAGGGCAUGUACCUGGGCUAGAAACAAAUGCUAGCCCUGGUAGCUUUGGAAAUAUGACGAUAAGCCUUUUGCUAGUUGCUUAGAACAGAAAACCAGCAUCACAAUAGCCUCAGGACUGCAUACAGAUUCAUAUCCAGUAUAUAUUCAAUGACCUUUUGUGCUAUGGAUUAGAUAGCAUAACUUUUUUAAUUCCUGGAGGACAUAUUUGGGAAUUUUAGAGAAUAAAAAAUAGCUUCUUCUUGGAAGUGUAGUGCAAUAUAUACUUCAAUUCAGUUUCUUCUUGUAAUUUUUCUUAGAGGAAAGUAGAGAUGUUGCAAGGGAGAGGAGCAUCAAAUUAUGUAAUUCAAAAGUAUAAAUUGGCAAAGUUAGAUGGACCAUCUUUUUACCUCACAAUGAAAAAAGAACACUUAAUUUUAUGACUGCAAAAUAUAUUUUCAUUCUUAAAUCUUAUAAGCAUGUAAACUUAAAAUAAUCAAUUUUGGUACACACGUGUUGGUUUUACUUAUAUGAUUAUGCAUUCAUAUAGUGCCUUAAAUUUGCACUGAGACAUGUUCCCAUCUCUAAAGAUGAUUCUCUCUGGAUUACAGCUACAUACUACUACACUGUCAGUAGUUUUAAUGCUUUUAGCAAUUCUAGCUGCAAGAUGCACCUAAAGGUGAACUGAAAAGGAGAAAGAAAAGGGGUUAAGCCUUUAUUUACUGCCUUAUUAUGUAUAAAAGAGGCCUAAAAAUAGGAUGUUGGAAGUUUUUUGUUUUCUGAAAAGUGUCUGACUUCUUAAAACUUUAAUCCCCAUGCCCCAUCAUGCAUGCAUGUAUAAUCAAGCCUACAAUCAUUUUCAUUUUUCAGAUUUUAUAAAAGCAAAGCUAGAAAUUACAUAAAGCAAAAACAGAACUACUGUACAUAGAUUGGUGUCAUUUCAUAUCAAGAGAACGAUAAGUCACCAAAAUACUACAGAGAAAGAUAAUUCAGCAGAGCCUAUAGAAAAUCAGAUAGCAUAGUAAACUCAAAACAUUCCUUGGGCCAGGACAUUUCCAUUGACUUCAGUUGCAAUUCUGUGUUUCAAGGCUUUCAGCAGCAGUCCUCUAAGAGCAGCAUAAUGAAUUCCCCUGUUUCUGCCAGUUGCACUGAAUACAUCUCACGUUCACACCAGAUCCACAGAUUAUCAUACUAAAAUAUUUAAAAUUGUGGGAUGUCUCCUUUGCAUUUUACAUAUUUUCUUCUAACAGCACUUAAUUUAUAUGGUAUUGUCAUAUAAAACUGCACGAUUUUAAAAUUACCUGGGAUACUAAUUAAGUUGGAAGCUCCUUGAAGCAGAGUCUUAUCUCUUAUAUGUUGGAACAGCAUCUGGACCUCGGGGUGCUACUGUGUGACACAAAUAAUAAAAGAUUGAUGUGGCAGUUUAAAUUCCACAGAAUAACAUGAAUGAAUGUAAAUAAAUCUUUUGAAGAAUGUCCAUUUUGAAUUCACUGAUACGUUGUCAUGUGUAUAGUUUCAUGCAGGUUCAGCCUUAUUAGUUAAAUAAUCACUACUUUGUUUCGUAUAUUGUUUAUUUGGAGCACUGUUUAGGCAGACAGACUUGCUAUACUAAAUCAGAGCAGCAAUCCAUCGUGUUUUGUAUCUUGCCUGUGGUUCAUGGUGGUGAAAUCUCUCUAAUACCCCUAAUCUCUUUUAUAAUAACCUACAUCUCAGGGAAAACUUCUUGAAUCGCUGUGGUGAUCUGUUCCUAUCUUCAGUUAUGAGUUUGGAAUACUUAUAUCCUGGUAUAUGUAACUACCGGUGUUAUUGGUCAUAAAAUUACCUAGCCACACUAGCUAAGGGCGUACCUGCCUUUCCUGUGAAUUCCUACAGGCUAUAAAAUGUAUGAAGAAGUAUUUCACUUUUUUGUAGCCAUUAAUUUCAGUGGUAUAGGAUUAAUCUAUUUUUAAUCUAUGCAUCUUGUAAUUUUUCAUCUUCUGCUGUGUGUGUGUAUACAUAUGUAUAUGACUUGAGUUCCUGUAUUUUUUUUAUUAUGAAAUGUUUGUACAUAAUAGAUGAUUUUUAGCUGUGCUUCCUCUAAAUCGAAAGGGCUUUACAAAACUUAAUUAACAUAAUAUCACUAUGGGCAGAGUAGUUUUCCAGUGUCAGAAAAUGGGGAAAAUAAAACAGUUGUUAAGACUUAGAUCCUUAAAGGCGUUUAGGCACCUAACUCUCAUUAAUUUCUGUUAGCAACCUACAGUGUGCCGAAACAAAUGGUAUGCUCCUGGCCCUGAUCUUACACUCUAAAAAGCCAACAGUCAGGCUGGGGGGAAGGAGUACAGCAUAUGAGCACAGUGAUCACAUAGUGGUUGGCCAUGUCCUGAUAAUAUUAUUUAUCAAGACUAUCCCCAACUACAUUACAUCUCCCAUCAGGACCGUGGGGGAGGUGUGCAGGGACACCAGGCCCCUGCUAGCUGCCUGGGGGUCAGGGAGACCAGACUCUCCCCAUCAACCUUGGGGAAAGGAAGAGUCCAGCCCUCCCCCUGAGCCAGAGGCAGCACAGCAAGUCCCCCGUCCCUGCGGCGGGCUGGGGCUCUCCUCGCCCUCUGCCCCCAGCGGCAGUCUGCCGCCGGGCGGGGCUUUUCUGGUUGCUAGGCCCCAGGCGGGAGGCAGGUGAGGGCAUGUAAGUCUCUGCCCUCACUAAAGAUGGCUCCGGCGGCUACCGGGGCCGGACCACGUGGGGGCCAAAGCGGGUUGCGGCGCGGGACAUGGAGCCAGGGAGGCUGGAGAAGUUCCCGAGCCCGGGCAGGGGCAGCGGCCUCCGCGCUCUGAAACGGGCGCGGCCCGGCGAGCUGCUGUACCGGGCCGAACCCUUCGCCUGCACCGUCACCAAGCAGCGCCUGGGCGGCGUGUGCGAGCGCUGCCUGCGCAGGAAUGAACGGCUGCUUAGAUGCUCUCAGUGCAAAAUUGCCAGAUACUGUGAUACACGUUGUCAGAAAGAAGCCUGGCAGGAGCACAAGCAAGAAUGCAAGUGUCUUAAGAGUAUUGAGCCUAACUUUCCUCCUGACUCAGUGAGACUUGUUGGCAGGAUUGUUUUUAAACUACUUGGACAAUCAGCAGCAUGUCCUUCUGAGAAACUCUACUCUUUUUCUGAUCUUCAGUCAAAUAUUGAAGAGUUAAGUGAAGAAAUGAAAGAGGGUCUCAGGCACCUGGCACAGACAUUGCAGCUUUAUUUGAGAGUGGAGAUCCAGGAUGCUUUUCAGCUGCUACCUGCAAUAGACAUUUUUCAGAUCUUCGCAAAAGUGACCUGUAACUGUUUCACCAUCAGUAAUGGAGAAAUGCAGGAUGUUGGUGUUGGCCUGUAUCCCAGCAUGUCUCUCCUGAACCACAGCUGCGACCCAAACUGUGUGAUCGUUUUUGAGGGACGCCAGCUUCUACUUCGGUCAAUCCGGGAGAUCCAGAUUGGUGAAGAGCUCACUAUCAGCUAUAUUGAAUCACUGAUGCCCAGCAGUGAGCGUCAAAAACAUCUGAAACGCCAGUAUUGCUUUGAAUGCAACUGUCUUCUGUGCCAGACACAAGAAAAGGAUGUUGACAUGCUGGCAGGUGAAGAGAAAGCCUGGAAAGAAAUCAAAGAUGCUGUAACUAAAGUGGGAGACCCAAGGUCACAAGAAGAGUGGGAGCAGGUUCUGGCAAUGUGCCAGGCUCUUCUAAAUAACAAUGCAGAUCGUCUUCCAGACACAAACAUCUAUCUGCUGAAAAUGCUUGACUGCGCCAUGGAUGCCUGUAUUAAUCUCAGACGUUGGGGGGAAGCCUUGCUUUAUGGCAAAAGGACUCUAAAACCAUACAGACUGUAUUAUUCCAGCUUUCAUCCCUUGAGGGCUGUCCAGUUGAUGAGAGUGGGCAAAUUGCAGCAUACUCAAGACAUGUUUCCUCAAGCACUGGAGACCUUGAAGCAGGCUUAUAACAUUAUGAAAGUAACACAUGGAGCAGAUCACAGCCUGGUGCAAGACCUGAUGAAACUUAAGGAACAGUGUGAAGCUGGCAUGUGAGCACAGUGAGGAUGAUCUCAGACUGGAAAACUAACAUUCAGGGGAGAAGGAAAACAAAUCUUUUUUGUAUUGACAUUCUUUGACCUGAGCCAAAGCCCUCUGAAUUCAUUGGAAUGACUCCCAUUGAGUUUGGUAGGCUUUGGAUCAGGCCCUAUUUCCUUUGCUAAAAUGUUUAAUGCUUAUUAGCUUUGCUGUUCUACGAUGUAAUUUUCCUCACUGAAUUCAAAUGUGGAGAAAUACAGGCCAUUUUGAGAGAGAGUCUACUCUCUGGGAAGCAAAUAAGUCUUAGCAAUUGAUGUUCAAGUUACACGUUGGUAAUAAAAAACAUACCUGUAUACAGAAUGCUGCUGUGCACAAAUCAGCAUCUUCUUUGGCUGUUUAUGAGGGGUUUAAAUGGUCCCUCUCUAUGUUUAUUUUUUAAUAAAUGGGCCUGAAAUAAAAGCCCAGGUUCAAAUGGCUCUGGACAUAGGAAGAGUUUGAAAUCUAAAGUCAGACCCAGCCAGUACUUGUCUCACCAUUCUGUUGGUUUCCUUCUCACACUCUAAACUGAGUUCUUCUUUCCAGGCUGCUCUUUAUGUGUAGAAUGGCCUCUGAAUCCCAGCUUGCCAAAUCACCACCGUCCUCCGUGCUUAUUCAAAUCCCUCCUUAAGGCUGUUUUUUUUCUGCCAUGCCCACGAUUUGUGAAUUCAUAAUAACAGAGUAAAUAUGUAGUUACGGAUCCUCAUCUGUUGUAAAUCCAUGUAGCACCAUUUAAGUCAAUGGCUAAUUGACUAUGCAAGUUUAUACCAGCUGAGAAUCUGGCCCCAGAUACAUAAUCAACAGAUAUAUAAAAAACAUAAAUUAUUCCCUCCUCUUGAUUUCCCAGCACAUCCUGUCUCUGAAGGCCUGAUUCAAAGCCCAUGGAAGUCAAUGGAAAGUCUCCUGAUGAGCGGAGUGAGUUUACCCUCUAGAUUGUAAGCUCUUCAAGGCAGUACCUCUCUUUAGUUUGUGUCUUGAACGGGGCCCAGCACAUGUAUAGCACUUCCCGAUAAUAUAACAAUAUCUAUAUUUUACAAAUGUCUCCUGUCUUUAUAAUGGACUAAACUGAAGCAUUGGAUCAGAACAUGGCUACAUUUAAAAAUGUUUGAAAUUCUGGUCUGAAUUUUGCCCCCAUCUCUGUUUUCUUUCAUCAUUAUGGUUGUGGGGUUCCUCAGUUCCAACUGCUUUAAAAAUUACCUCAGAGACCUCUCCAGAUCAGUGAUCCUUUUGCCUUCUGCUCUAGGUCCACAUACACAGCUUUUAAGGGCUGUGCAUGAAACUCCUUCAAGAUCUGUGGCUGUGAUACAUGGUCAGUUACAGACCAAGGCAGAGCAAGAAGACUGUGGAUUAUCAAUUUGCUGCCAGGCCGAUUUAUAUAUGGCCAGGGAAAAUGAGGAGCACUGAUCAAACUCACUGAUAGUGCAGGAGCCAUGCAUUUUCAAUGUGGGAAGGGAAGGAAGGAAAGGACCAAUGUAAUCCCACUCCUAGCAGCAGCCAGUAGGGAGGCAGGUGAGGGAGAGAAAGGCCCUUUCCCUUUCAACAGCCAGUAGUGGCUGGGAUCAGGGGAGUCAGGAAAACAGAAGAGACCACUCCCUGCCAGUAGAGAACCAAGCAAAGGAAAACCUUUCCCUCCUUUCCAUGUAAAAGAGAGGGAGGUGGAAAAGAGCUGAGGAGACGCUCUUCUCUGUGCCUUAUAAAGUUACUGCAACCCCUCAUUCUCCUAGAUUGGAAUUAAUUGGACACACCUGAUCUGAGCUGAGAGUGACUUUGCAAAAAUCUCUCUGACUCUCUAUGCAGGGUUCCAGCACCAGACAUCAGAUUGAUCCAACAGACGAGCCCUGCAUUCUCACACAGGGUCCCAGAUUCUGAAUAUAAGACACUCUGUCGGGUCAUCACAAUGUUUUGGUAUGGUGUGUGACAGGAUCAGGCCAGAUGGCUACAGGAGAGUGAUAGAAGGCAGAUAUAUUAGCCCCAGGUUAAGUAGGUCCCUUUUCCCUGGGUAAGAUAACAGGGAAGGUUCCAGAACAAUCAGGAACUUUCUGGAAACAAUUAAGGCAGACAGGCUGAUUAGAACACAUGCAGCCAAUCAAGAAGCUGCUAGAAUCAAUUAAGACAGGCAGGCUAAUCAGGCACCUGGCUUUAAAAAGGAGCUCACUUCAGUUUGUGGUGUGCCUGCGAGGAGCUGGGAGCAAGAGGCGCGAGGAGCUGGGAGCGAGAAGGUGUAUGACUGGAAGACUGAGAAGUACAAGCAUUAUUGGACAUCAGGAGGAAGGUCCUGUGGUAAGAAUAAAGAAGGUGUUGGGAGGAGGCCAUGGGGAAGUAUUCCAGGGAGUUGUAGUUGUCACACAGCUGUUACAGGAGCCACUGUAGACAGCUGCAAUCCACAGGGCCCUGGGCUGGAACCCAGAGUAGAGGGUGGGCCCGGGUUCCCCCCAUCCCUCCCACUCCCUACCUGAUACCGGAGGAGUUGACCUGGACUGUGGGUUCCACCGGAGGGGAAGGUCUCUGGCUUGUUCCCCGAUCCACUAGGUGGAUCAGCAGAGACUGCGGGGAUUGUUCUUCUUCCUUUUCCGUAUGCUGGCCAGUGGUGAGCUAACUGAGUGAUCGGCAGAUUUGAGCCAUGAAAGUGGCCAAACUGAGGGCUGCCGUGAACCUCUGAGGCGAGCAAAUCCGCCAAUAAACGCAGGACGCACCGAGGCAGAGGAGGAACUUUGUCACAGGUGGCUCUUUACAAAGUCAUUCUAUGAUGAAGUGGCUUUUCUUAAAGGUUGAGCUGUACUGCCUUAGACCAUAACUUCCAAUUCAGACCUUGUGUGAGGUCAAUGCAGUUACAUUAUGGAGAAACUUCACCCACUAUCUCCAUUUUUCUCUCACCAGUUGUAUGUUCUUGUCUGUGGGUGGGGUUAAGAACAGAUACAGCUUCCUGGAUUUCAGUGGAGUUGCACCUGCUUACACUAAGCCUGAAUUUGAACUUUUUGAUGUAGAGGUUAAUAGGUUUCCGCUCGUGUUUCUGUUAGAUAUAUUAGCUACUUGAGGACCUCUUGUGUUAACUGUUAACAAUGUAUUUAAUUUCUAGAAUAAACUGAGAAGUUUAACAUCAAGGUAAUUAAAUACAUCCAAUGCGU